AUGACACCCAAAGUGACCAACCUCGGGCUGCUGCUAGUGAUAGUGCUGUUUCAGCUGCAUUCAGCGGAACAGGCCGAAGUUCCCGGAACACUGAUAGCGUCUCAGGCAGCGCAGCCAUCAUCCCUAUCGAUAGAAUCCUGUGACGGCAGUCGAGUGUUCUCUUCCUGCUCCGGAUGUUACGACGUUACGAUCUGUUUGGGAAACACCACAGAAUACCGUGCGUGCCAGUAUCAGACACCGGAUACGCCAUUCUGCAACAACGGUGAAUGCACGGCCGAAGGAAGUGUUAGUUCUAAUUGUCCUCCACCGCAUUUUACGUGCACGGGAGUUGGGUUCUAUCCAGAUCCCAGAUUUUGUCAAUUCUAUCACUACUGCGAUGGACAGAGCAGUAUGCCGCAGACGUACCAGUGCCCAUCGGGCUACGCAUUCAAUCCUGAGUCCACCCUGUGCAAGUCAAAACUGACGGCCGAUGAUUGUCCGAAUGUAAAGUGUAAUUUAAACACGAUUUUCACCAGGUACGGUUCCAGCAAGAAGUAUUACGCUUGCUGUAUGUACAGUGGAGGGAUGACGUUGUAUGACACUCGUAUAUAUCGAUGCUCGGAAGGAACCGAGUUUGAUGGAAAGACAUGCGUUUACAAAUGCACCAAGGAGGGAAGAUUUGGGGACAGCGCCAACCUGAGGGUUUACUACGAGUGCAUAGAUUCGGGCAGUGAACUGGUAGCCUACACUAACCUUUGUACCGAUGGUAAAAUUUUCAACUCAACGAUAUCAGUUUGCGUCUCGAGUGUGACGGUGUGA